GAAUUGAGAUGGCAUACAUUAAACUUCUUAGGUGGCAGCAUUAUUUCUGUAAUUCUUCUUAUUCAUUACUUUUUAAAUUUUUCUGUUCCUCAAACUUCUCUUAUACGAAUUUGUGUUCUGAUUAAGUUUUUAAACAAAACUGUUUGAAAAAAUAUGAAAUUAAUUCUUUAAUAUUAUAAAAGUGGAGUGUUCAUGUGACCAAUGAUAUUGCAACAAAAUAAGUGAAGAUUGUGCGGAUAAAAGUGCUAGAAUUUCCGUAUUUUCAAUGCAAUGCCUACCGCAACGAAGGUACGCGUAGAUGCAGCGGUUGCGACAGAAGAUUCCAAAUGAUGUCAGUGUGCUCAUUUACAUUUUUCUUUUGCUAAUUGUGUUUGUUGUUAUGCGCGGAAUACUUCAUAAGUAAUCUUUAUUUUAAGUUUACCUUACUUGGAUUUUCUUUGCGAGCAAACGAUUGUUGUUAUUGCAUUGAUGAUGAACCCAAAAGCUUAGUCACAUAUUUCUAUAGUAAAUUCAAUGCAAUUCAAAAAAAAAGAUAUUUUUGGUGGAUUCAUAUUGGAAGCUUAAUUGAUUGUUCUAUGAAAGGAGAAGCAGAAUGCGGCAUUUGACGGAAUUUGAAUACCUAAAAAGAUAAGGCCCAAAACAUUAACAUAUCCAGUAAACUGAAGGAAUGCACAAAAACACAAACAAUACAGUCACCAACAAUAUUACAAAUGCACCUAAAACCCGCAACAGUAGGCACAUUAAAGUCUAUCAAUUCAGGAACUUAUGAAAGUAGUGCAUUUCCACACGAAACGCAAAACCAGAAUAUGGCUGCCACUACAAGGAAUAAUUCUAAAGAUGAUAAUGCAGAGAGCGGGGGGAGUGGUACACGGGUCAACAACAGCAAUAAUAAUAAUAACAACAACAGUAAUUGUAAUAAUAAUAACAACGAUGAUAGUACGAGCCAAAGCCAGCCAGUCAUGGAUGAGGCAGCGCUGAAGUUGAAACGCCAAAACCUGGAACAACGCAAACAAGAACUCGAACGGGUGCUCAGUGAGAAGAGUUGGCUGCUACAACAAAUACAGAAGCAAGAAACUCAAAUAUUAAACGGUAACUAUGAAUACUUGAAUGCAAAUGAACUUUUCUCGAUGUUGGCGCGACAGUAUAAAAAGGAAUAUGGCGGCGGCGGUAUUGGAAGUAGCGAUGCUGGCAGUACAGCCAUACUGCGGCGGAAAACAAUCGGCGGUAGUAGCUGUAAGGAGAAUCAAGCGAAUCAUAUAAAUAAUAACGCUGGCAAUCGGCAAUCGGAGAUUUCCAAUCGCUCAUCAGAGUAUGACAAUUACCCUGUUGGAAAUUCCAGUUUAGGUGAUGCGAAUACAAAUAACGGCGGCGCUGCACAAAUGCUGCUGGCUAAGUCGCAGUCUAUGAGGAAAAAGGGUACCACAAUGCCUACUGCGCAGGCGGGUGUCAACUACAAUUACUUGCAAGCUCAGCAGCGCCAACAACAACAACAACAACAGCAGCAGCAACAACUACAACAACAACAACAACAACAACACCUGAUGCAACAACAAAUGCUGCAAAAUCAAAUGCAAUACGCGGCCUUGAUGCAACACCAACAUUAUCACCAUCAUCAGCAGCAACAACAGCAACAGCAACACUUGCAACAUCAUCAGCCACAUGUUGGAGAGCAGCAACAUGCGCAACAUGCGCAACAAUCACAACAACUGCAUCAGUACAAACCACAAAUUUCGCCAUCACAAUCACAUUCACGUCACUACCCAGCAGAUGCCAUUUCAUUAUACUCGGUAAAUUCGGCAAGUGUUGCCACUUUGCGGCAACAACAUAUUGCACCGCAACAACAACCGAUUGUGGUACAAUGUGACCGUUACUAUCUGUCGCCAACGCAUCACAACUAUAGCGACGGUGGUUUUAUUAAAUCCAGUCAAAAUAUAAAAAAGUACAUUUCGCCCCAAGCGUCACCAACGCAUCACGGUGUUGCGACAACAGCACAAAUCUUGCAGCAACAACAUUCACACCAAACACAUCUCUAUCAACAAGAUUUGUUGAUGGCAAGCGCUGCCACUGCCGAACAUAAGUAUCAACAACAACCGCAAUACCAACAACAGGCACAGUUCUUGACACUACAACAACUACAGCCGCACAUUUUAAUACAUCCACCACAACACACCACGAGCAGACAAUUGGAUGCCAUUUCCUUAGCGCCGUCUUACAUAUCCGUUGAUGUAGACAGCGUUGCAGCACAAAACCUACGUUGGCGUUCGCAAGGCACACUGCCACCAGUCUCUCCACAAACACCGCCACACAAAGGUCUACCAUAUAAUCCACACCAAAUGGCUGCGGACAGCAAGUCGCACUCCAGCGAUAUGUUGUCCAGCAAUGCGUACUACAAUACCUCUGCUGCACUGCCAGCGGCAUCUAUUAAGUCAUUGACCAAGCCGCUCGAUGAAAUCUCUAUCUCAUCGCUGAACAGCGAAACGCAAAAGUCAAAACCACCAAAACCAAAGCAAUGGUUAGAAUCCUCUUUAGACGGGCCUGUUAUACGCCAGGCAACAUCAAGUAGCGCCAGCGUAACACAAGCACACGAAACAUUCCAUAACACAACUGCAGCCGUUCGUUUACCAACAAAUAAGACGCAUACCGUUACGUCCGUUAGUGGUGCGAACGUUGCAAGCGGCCCACGCGAACGUACAAAACUAUCGUCACAAUCGAUGUCUAGUGGUGCACCACGCCAUUACUCCAUGUCCGCUGCCUCACAUAAAAACCCAUACGCGCAAACCAAAAUGCUGCAGGACGACGAUGGCCGUUAUGCAAAGCUAAGUCAGUCCACAUCAUAUCUCAAUAACCGAGAAUCCCCAUCGAUAUCAGCCGCCUACAAACUGGAUGGCAGCACAAAUAGCACCACCAUUGAAUUGCCCACACCAGCAACGGUAUUUAAGUAUUUACCACCAAAACCUGGCAGUGCAGCGGUCAACACUGCAACGCAAUUAACACCACCACCACCGCCACGGCCACCACCACUUGUGGAGAAGUCAAUUGGUGUAAGUGUUGGUGUAGCGAAUGCGCCCAGUGCGCUCUCUCCUACGGAUAUACGCAUUGAAUCACCGAAAAAUAUUACCGUUGUCAAGCCAGCCACAUUCCGGCCGUAUCAGGAGGAGACCAAGCCAUUUGAAAUGUCUGAUUUCUACAAAUACUCAACGAAGUUUCGACAAAAAGAGUCCACAGUGCCGAAUGCAGAACACUAAAUGUGGAUGGGCAUGAAACUUCGUAUAAAAAUAUAUACAGACAAGCAUCACAUUUUAAAUGAUUUCACAAUUUAAAUUUUUUUAAAUUUUUUAUUUUUAAUUUU